GUCUCUGCUUGUUGUUCCUUGAUGAGCGCUAAUGUUAGCUACCUAACACCAACAGGAAGUACCGGGCUAGUUAAAUUCUACUGUCUCUACACGCUGAAUUCUUCAGGCAUGAAUUGUACAUUAGAGAAGGUCCUGGCAGAUGCCAAAUCAUUAGUGGAAAGGCUUCGUAACCAUGAUAACGCCGCUGAGAUGUUAAUCGAACAGACGACAUCCCUCAACAAGCGAGUGGAGGCCAUGAAACAGUACCAGGAGGAGAUUGACACACUGAACCAGGUUGCACGACAUCGGCCUCGUUCCAGUCUGGUCCUGGGAAUCCAGCAGGAAAACCGUCAGAUCAGAGCACUCCAGCAGGAAAACAAAGAACUACGGACAUCAUUGGAGGAACACCAGUCUGCUUUAGAGCUCAUCAUGACCAAGUACAGGGAGCAGGUGUUCAGGCUCCUGAUGGCCAGUAAGAGGGAUGACCCAACCAUCGUGACCCAGCUAAAGGAGCAGCACACUACAGAAAUGCAAGCACACAUAGAUAAGAUCAAUGAGAUGGCCUCUGUGAUGAGGAAGGCCAUAGAGGUGGAUGAAGGGCGGAUAUGUGAAGAUGAGGAGCGGAUUAAACAGCUAGAGCUGGAGAACAGUGGCCUUCGGGAGUUGCUGGGAAUCAGUCGAGAGGCUUUCUUGGUUCUGAAGAGAGAAGACGCAUCAGAGAGCACGUCAUUGCUGAACAGUGCUGACAUCUGCUUACGAAAGAGUUAGAACCCAGGGUGACUGCCCCCCCCCCUACUUUGUUACUACUACUGUGUACAGUAUGUACAGUCUUUUGCCACAUACCAGUUUACCUUUUCAGUGAUCACCUUUUCCUGGUGCAUUUACAGCAUGAUUGUCCAGAGCUGCAUCCCCAUCUGAUGAUUCAGACACAAGUAGUAUGCAGUCUCAUAUUCCUAAUUUUUUGCUGGUACUUCUGUUAUGUUUACUAAUUUUGCCAGCAUGCAUGAGCCUGUGGUGUCUGCAGGGUUUUAAAGUGUGAAUGAGUAAAAGAAGGGCUUUAGUUAAAAGAAAUUAAUAAAUGAAAUUCUUUCUGCAGA